AUGGCGACGUUCUCAUGGUCCGACGCGUUCCACGCCGCGCUCGGCCCCUGCCUAUCCAGCAUCCGCACUCCCCCUCCCUCCUCCAACCCGCACCAGCAGCGUCAACAUCGACGGUACUCUGACCUCGAACGGCUGCUGGCAAACGACUCGAUCGCCUCGCUCGACCACGACGUCGACGCGCUAUCUCUACACUCGAAUGUUGGCUGCGGAGGGGCGCGGAGGAAGAAGAGCGUGUUCCCGAAGGGCAUCACGCUGUUCGGCUUCCACCUCCCCGACGACAACAAUUUACCCUCAUUCGAGCCCUCACGGCCCAUACGACCGACACGCACCGAACGCGUCGUACGCGGCGCAUCACUAGAUCCCAUUCGGAGCGGGUAA